AUGAAGUUCUCGAUCGCAUACGUUGUCCUCGCUCUCGCCACCGCUGCGGCCGCUUUUCCCGCGGACACCACAGGCUUCUUGCAAGGCAACCGCGUCGCACGCGACACUCCCCUCACAAGCGACUCGCAACCGUCACCAGUCUCUUCGCCCUCCGUCGGACCGUUGGACCCUGCCUCCUCCUCCCUGUCGUCGGGCACGCCGCCUGUAAACCCCUCGAGCUCGUCCGCUGCCUCCAGCGACCCGUCGAGCGCUUCCUCAUCAUCAUCGGCCAGCAACAGUACGACUUCCACUUCGACGUCAAUUGCCUCGGACAUCACUUCAAGUUCCAGCACGGAUGUCCUGACGAGCACGAGCUCCUCCACCGAGGCCACCUCCUCGUUCGCCUCCUCGUCCACCGGAAUGUCGACCUCCUCGACUGAGGCUGUGUCUUCGACCUCCACCUCCACCGCUACCUCGACUGCGUCAGAUGUGACCCCGACCUCCACCGAGUCGGCAACUUCGACCUUGACUGAUGUAAAUUCCAGCUCAACCGAUGCGUCGACGUCGACCUCCACCUCGGACGCCUCCACCUCCACCUCCAACCCGGCUACAUCGACUUCGAACGCGGCUUCCUCGACGGUUACUUCCAGCCCCACCUCGGAUGCCUUUACCUCUACUUCCGAAGUGGCUACGUCAACCUCGAGCGUUGCUUCCUCGACGGUUGCGUCCAGUUCCACCGACGUUCCGUCCUCCACGACUGAGCAGGCAUCUUCCACCUCUGACGUCGUGUCCACGUCGACGUCGGAUGCGAAUGCCACUUCCACGUCUUCCACUGCCCUCACCUCGACUUCGGAUGUUGCUUCCUCUUCCACCACGGUCGUCUCGUCUUCCGCUGCCAGCACGACCUCGAGCUCUAGUUCGGCAGCUGCUCAACCUACGUCGCUUCCCGUGGAUAAGGAUGCCUACACGAGUGGCCACAACAACAUCCGGAUGCAGUUCAACAUGCCUCCACUCUCUUGGUCAGACGAUCUCUCGGCCAAAGCCCAGGAUUAUGCAGACAACUGCCAGCUGCAGCACUCGAACGGAGCCAUCGGGCCGUUCGGUGAGGCGCUCGCUGCCGCAACCGGUGCCUUUGACGCGUCGGCCGCCGUUCGGCUGUUCCUCCAGGACCAGAACAAGUUCAACGCCAAAGCGAAGCAGGUGACCUUGAGCCACUUCACCCAGGCCGUUUGGAAGUCCACGACCCAACUCGGCUGCGGCGUCGCGAGCUGCCCAGGGCUUUUCCCAUCCAAGAAGGGAGCUGCCACGUACCAUGUCUGCCUUUACGAUCCGGUCGGGAAUGUUGUCGGCGAAGAAAAGGCCAACCUCCCCCUCAACUAA